CUUCCAGUGCUGCAUUCGGAGGUAGACUAGGAUCUAAGGGAGACUGGUGUUCGUAGUUCAAGGAGCGCUGCAUUUCAAGUCAAGCGCAUCUGGGUUCGAGUUUAGGCUAUGCUACUUACUUUAUGUGGGACCUUGAACGAGUUCUUUAACUUUGCUGAACUUUGGUUUCCUCCUGUGUAAAACGAGAGGUUUGGCAAAGUCGGCAAAUUGCAGACUUUUACUCAGUAUUAGCAUUCCUAAGAAAGCUACCUUUCAAAGAGAUCCAAGACUGCUAAAGGAUCUGUAGGUACUGAAGUCUAGCAUUUUUUAUUGUUGCAAAAGAACUGGAAACAAAAUGGGAUAUCCUUCAGUUAGGAAAUGGAUGAGUGGAUUAUGGUAUUUUGAAUGUAAGAGAGAUUCAUGUGCCCUAAGAAAUGGUGAAAGAGACUAAUUCAGAGAAUCCUGAGAAGACUUCUAUGAAUUCAAGCACAGUGACGUACCUACAAAGAAAACUUGAAGAGCACAGACAAUGGGAGAUGCAGCAAAACCUUGUUUUUUCAAGCGAAAUAAAGAACGUGGAAUUAUAGAUGAUGAUUUCAAGAGGGUUUCUCCACAACCAGACUGUUUAAUAAUGGAUGAUUCUGGUAAUGGACAUAGCAGUAAAGCAGAAAAAGGCCUUCCCCCCAAAAAAGGAACACCAGGGAACCAUGGGAAUAGCCCCAGGAAAGGACCGCAUGCUAUUUCAAGCAGCCCAAAUGCACCUAAAAACAUGGGUCACGGUCAAGGAGGAAGAAUAAAUGACAGCCACAAAGAUAAAAUUAGGAGAUGGCUUACUGAUGAAUUGAAUGAAACAGACAACUGGUUAGAUUUCAAAACUGGCUCUAGGAUUUCUGUUAUGAGCCGACCAAGAAAAGACCUAUUUCAGGAAAGUGAAGAUGGCCAUAGAUGGCAAGAUGGAAGAGGAAGCAGAAGUGUAAGAUGGCAACUUCAGAAAGACCUAACAAACAUAGAAAUUUCAGAAAUGCAGACAGGAAGCUUUGAAAACAAGAAGCCAAAGAAACCCAGAAAAUCAAGGAGAACUAGAAAAGAAGAGCAUGAUCAAGAAGAAGACAUGGAUGGGCCUGUUAUAGAUGAGUCAGUGCUGUCAGUAAAAGAAUUACUGGGCUUAAGACAGGCUGAAGAACGAUUAAAGAGAGAUUGCAUUGACAGACUAAGAAAGCGCUCACGAAACUACCCCACAGCAAAAUACAUAUGCAAACUCUGUGAUGUCUUAGUUGAUUCCAUUGCAUCUGCUCAUAAGCACAUCAAAGAGAAGAGGCACAAGAAAAACAUAAAGGAAAAACAUGAAGAACAGCUGCUUACUACCUUGCCUCCACCAACACCCUCCCAGAUAAAAGCUAUUGGUGUUGCCAUUGACAAAGUGGUAGAGGAGUUUGGCUUAAAUAAUGAAGACUUAGAACAAAGACUUGAAAUAAAACAAACCAUGGAAAAACUGUUCCAUCAGAAGUUACCAGAUUGUUCUUUAAGAUUGUAUGGGUCAUCUUAUAGCAGAUUUGGUUUCAAAAAUUCGGACUUAAACAUUGAUGUUCAGUUUCCAGCCACUAUGACUCAACCAGAUGUGCUUUUACUUAUUCAAGAAAUUUUAAAGAGCAGUGAAUCUUUCAUUGAUAUUGAUGCAGAUUUCCAUGCUAGAGUGCCAGUGGUGGUGUGUCGAGAAAAACAAAGUGGCCUCAUUUGUAAAGUGAGUGCAGGAAAUGAAAAUGCUUGUCUGACUACAAAUCAUUUAGCUGCUCUUGGAAAACUAGAACCUAAACUGGUGCCUCUGGUAAUAGCCUUCAGAUAUUGGGCAAAGCUUUGUUGUGCAGAUCAUCCUGAAGAAGGAGGCUUACCAUCCUACGUAUUUGCCCUAAUGGCCAUUUUCUUUCUUCAGCAAAGAAAAGAACCAGUUCUUCCUGUAUAUCUAGGAUCAUGGAUUGACGGAUUCUCAUUGAAUAAAUUAGUAAAUUUUAACCUUAAAGAAGUUGAAAAUGAUUUGGUGGUUUGGGAACAGAUUACUACGAGAGAUGAUGAAUCAUCUAAGGAAACAUCUUUUAAAAGAGGAAAGGUUCCAUUGGUAUUUGAUUUAGAAAACCAAUGUUCUGCACCAGUUGGGCAGCUCUGGGUAGAAUUACUUCGUUUCUAUGCUUUAGAAUUUAAUUUGGGUGAUUUGGUCAUCAGUAUACGUGCCAAAGAAGCUAUAUCUCGUGAAGCAAAAGAUUGGCCCAAAAAGCGCAUUGCUGUGGAAGAUCCAUACUCCGUUAAGAGGAAUGUGGCAAGAACUUUGAACAGUCAACUGGUUUAUGAAUAUAUACUUCAUUGUUUAAGAGCAACAUAUAAGUAUUUUGCUAUCCUCCACAAAAAAGCAAUAAAGACCACUCCCAAAAAGCCUAUGAAUAUAAAUAUAGAUGCAUCUCAAACAUCCAAAAAUCUAAAAGAUGAUGUAAAGCAUGACCCUGAGGUACAAGUAAUAAAUAACAAAAUUGUGGUUGUGAGUGACUAUAUUGAUGCUACUAAUACUGCAGAAAACUUCAAGGCACAUCAAAGAAAUACUAUAAAGGUAUUUGAUGGUUUUGAAAGCCCAACAGAAGAGUUAGGAGAUGUUCAAGUAGGAAUCAACCAAGGAGACUUAGAUUGUAUCAUUGAAGAAGUAAUUUUUGAUGAUUCUGAGGAUUUCAAACCACACUAUGAGGAAACAGAAAGUGGAAAUGAUGAAGAUGAGGAGGAAGAAGAGGAACCUGACAGACAAGACUGGGAGAAAAAUUUGACAACUAUGGAUCAAGAAUUAGAUGAUGACAGUGAAAAUGGAGAACUACUUGCCCAUACCAAUGAUCUUGACAUGGAGACUGACAGCAUUUCAGAUUUAGAGAGUUUCCAAAACAUUACAAUAACUGAAAGGGAUGAUUUUGUUACUGUAGAUGACAAAGUUGACAUAGAUGAGGAAAGUACAGAAGGUACAGAUGAAUUAGAAGACUCAAACAAGGUUACACAUUCAGUACAGGGACAGACAUCAGAAAUCAUUAAUUCCGAUGAUGAGGAAGAGGAUGAAGAAGAAGCUAGGCAUACCAUCAAUGAAAGAGAGAGUGUUAUUGUACAAGGUGAGUUAGACUCAUAUACUGGAUAUGGAGAUGAGGAUGCCCUCUCUGAAGAGGAUGAAUUAAUUGUUCCUGAUAAAUAUGAAGAUUUGAAAGAAGUUGGAAAAACUGUAGAUGAACCCUUGCUAAUGGAAUUAAAUGAAAAGUAUCCUCUUAUGGAAGAAAAUAUAUGUGAGGAAGAUUCAGCUUUAGAUCAUUUGGACCUAUUCUACGAAUUUAGCAAACCUGUCUUCACCAAGGGCAAGCCUCCUACUGUAGUAUGUAGUUUGUGCAAGCGAGAGGGUCACUUAAAAAAGGAUUGCCCUGAAGACUUCAAAAAAAUUGAACUGGAUCCUUUGCCACCUUUAACACCCAGAUUUUCAAAUAUAUUAGACCAAGUUUGCAUCCAGUGUUACAAGGAUUUUUCUGCAACUGCUUUAGAAGAUCAGGCUCGUGAACAUAUUCGACAAAACCUAGAAAGUUUCAUAAGACAGGAGUUUCCAGGCACCAAGUUGAGCUUAUUUGGUUCCUCCAAAAAUGGAUUUGGGUUCAAACAGAGUGAUCUGGACAUCUGUAUGACAAUUGAUGGACUAGAAACUGCUGAGGGGUUAGAUUGCAUAAGAAUGAUUGAAGAACUUUCAAGAGUCCUCAAAAAACAUUCAGGACUCAGAAAUGUCUUGCCUAUUACUACAGCCAAAGUACCCAUUGUCAAAUUUUUCCAUGUGAGAAGUGGUCUUGAAGUGGAUAUUAGUUUGUAUAACACAUUGGCCCUUCAUAAUACCAAGCUUUUAGCUGCUUAUUCUGCCAUUGAUCCCAGAGUGAAAUAUUUGUGCUAUACUAUGAAGGUGUUUACAAAGAUGUGUGAUAUUGGCGAUGCAUCGAGAGGAAGUUUGUCAUCAUAUGCAUAUACUCUUAUGGUGCUUUACUUUCUACAACAAAGAAAUCCACCAGUUAUUCCAGUUCUUCAAGAGAUAUAUGAAGAGGAAAAAAGACCUGAAAUAAUUGUCGAUGGUUGGAAUACUUAUUUUUUUGAUCGAAUAAGUGAAUUGCCAGCCUUUUGGCCAGAACAUGGAAAAAAUACAGAAUCUGUUGGGGAACUAUGGCUGGGGCUCCUUCGAUUUUAUACAGAAGAAUUUGAUUUUAAAGAACAUGUUAUUUGUAUCAGGAGAAGAAGUCUACUUACAACUUUCAAGAAGCAAUGGACUUCAAAAUACAUUGUUAUUGAAGAUCCCUUUGAUUUGAAUCAUAAUCUUGGUGCUGGAUUAUCAAGAAAAAUGACAAAUUUUAUAAUGAAGGCUUUUAUCAAUGGUAGAAGAGUAUUUGGUAUCCCAGUAAAAGGAUUCCCUAAAGAGUAUCCUUCAAAAAUGGAAUAUUUUUUUGACCCAGAAGUAUUAACAGAAGGAGAAUUGGCACCAAAUGACAGAUGUUGCAGAAUUUGUGGUAAAAUUGGACAUUUUAUGAAAGACUGUCCCAUGCGAAGAAAAGUGAGGCGCCGGCAUGAUCAUGAAGAUAUUAAAAACCAAAGAUAUCCUGAAAACAAUGAAAAAAGAAACAAAGAUGACAAAGAAAUUCAAAAUAAAAGCACAGAAAGAGAAAUGUUAGUAAAAGAGGGGAAGUUGCAGAGUACACCUCAGAAAAACAAACAAGGAAGAGGAGUAGUACUGGAAAUGGGAAGAGACAAAGUUUCCAGGCAAUCAUUAGAAAAAUGGAAGCGUCAAGAUGAAAAAGAUUUAAGAGAAAAACGUUGUUUUAUUUGUGGAAGAGAAGGACAUAUUAAAAAAGAUUGUCCUCAGUAUAAAGGAGCUACAGGUGUGUCUAAAUCAGAUGGUGUAUUUGGGUCUCCUUCCCCUGGUCCCUUGAAACAAACUGGCAAACUCAAUCAGGCAAUUCAUCUACAUGAAGAAAAAAAGAAACAAAAAGGAAAGAUAUUUUUGAGUCCCCAAUCAGGGAAAUGAUUUUUCUCCUGAGGACUGUUUUAGCUGCAUUCCAGAAAUUUUGGAGGGUGUGAGGAGACUGGCUUCCUAGCAGCUUUUCAUUCUACCAUCUUCCAAAAGUCUAAGUCACUAAAAUAAGGCCAGACUAAUUUUUAAAUGAUUAGUAAAUCAUUUCUCAUUUUACUAUGGAUGUUUAGCUGAAAUAGAAAUAAAGUAUUCUGGGCAUCUUAUUCAUAAUCACACUUGAGCCUUAAUUUCUUCCUUGGCCUAGGAAUCUUUUGCCAAGGGUAAAGAAGCCAAGAAAGAAUGUGGUGAUUCAUCCACAAUGAGGGACUUAACUUGAAUUAAAGCAUCCUUUUGUAUGCCUCUCUUCUGUUCAAAAAAAAAAAAUUGCACUUAGUCUUCAUGAAAGAAUCAAGAAUGGGAUGCAGGACCCAAAAAGGUCUUGGACUAAAUUAAGAGAGGCCGGGUGUUGACAGGAAUAUAAUGGUUUCAAUUCUGCUUUACCAUGGUCAGAUGAUACCUGAAAUGGAUUGUGCUGCAUUUCAAGGUAUUCAUAAGAGCAAGUCAAAGAAAUGCAAGUCCAAUCCCUCCUCCCCCUACCCCCCAAAAAAGAAAAAGAAAUUAUAGUAGAAGAUAGAGGGCAACCUUACUAGACUCCUGUUCGUAUCUGAUAAUAUAAAAACUGUACAGAGAAAUUAUGAAAUAAAAGAUGAAACUGUAUAGCAAUGGUGAACAAAAAGAUAGUUUCAGAGUUUCUAGAAUUCCUACACAGAGACCAGUAUUGAUUAACCAAUAAAUACCUUUGGAAAAGAUGACUUUCAAUGACUGUUCCCGCUUUGAGGCUGAUUAAUGAUAAAUUAAAAGGACAUCUCUGAUGAACAAAAAGACAUUCCCACUCUUAGUCUGACCACCACAAACCUACCUCUAACAAUUCAUCUUUAAUCAAAAAGCAAAUAUUAAUAAUACUAUGUAUAAGCACAGUCCAGUCCUUUCAUCUACCCUUAGAAACUAAGUACUGUUAAGUACUAUUUUGAAUUACUUAAACUCCUCCAAUUCCUUAACUGGAACACAUGAUUAGGUCUUCAAGAAAGAUUAAGAACUUCUUGCAAAUGAGUAUUAUAAUUCUUAAAAUUUAUAUCACAACUGAGAUUUUUAGUGCUUUAUGCUUCCCUUUCCUUUUCUGUAGUAUUAUAAAGAUGAAAUUAGGAAUCAUCCUUACAGGUUCAUAGUAAGCAACAAAAAUCUUUUUUUGUUCCCACCCAUUUCAUAGUGAGUUAUCUGUUCUUUUAGCCUUUUUCUGAAAAGUUGUAGGGUAGAAUAUUGAUUUCAAGCAAAAUGAACAUUUUCCAUUUCUUUGCUCUCUCCUUAGAUGCCAGUCUGUACAAAUCUAUUUGUACUUAACCAUUAGAGCUCACAUUUGUCCCUCCACAACAAAAUAAUUAGGAAUUUAAUAAAAUUGUGCUAGUGUGCCAACCUAACUUCAUUUUGAAAGGAGUCUGUUUUCAUUAUAGUUAACCUUUCUUAUUUGAAACGUAAUUCUAAUCAUGUAAUGAUGUGAAAUGAAAGCUAAACUCUCUGAUGAAAUUAAUUAAAAAUAGAAAGUAAUUUUGCUAAUUGCAAAGUGAAUAAUUUGAGGUUUGUUACUUUUUUGUGUUUUU